AUGAGUCAUUUCUCCACCCCUAGCUCGGACGGCGCAAGGACACCCGACGAGAACGAGUUGUUGAAAGAAAAGGAGAAAGUUAACAAAGCGUUCGGCGCACCUGUCUCUGGAAGCAGUUUGGCAGCACCCCAACAAGGUAGCAAGCAGGGUGGUACAAACGGUUCAGCUUUGACAGACACACCAUUGACUACUGCGCCGAACAGCCCCAUAAUUCCACCACGGCGAAGAGACUCCGGAACCUCCACACCAGCCUCACGCCAACGGCCUACUACUUUGGAUAUCCCCGGCCUGACAAAAUCGAGUGUGUCACCUGACGGUAGAAUUGCCCAGAGAGACGUUGGUUCUAAACUGGUCAUCGUUAUGGUAGGCCUACCAGCUAGGGGAAAGAGCUAUGUAACCAAGAAAAUUGCACGGUAUCUUAAUUGGCUUCAGCAUGACACACGGAUAUUCAACGUCGGCGAAAGGAGGCGUGUCGCAGCUGGAGAACUUGGUUCGAAUGGACCUCCAGGCAUUUCCAGGACUCAGCGACCCUUACAGAGUAUCAGUCUCACUACGAGAUCAUCAAAUGGGUUCUUGACCGAUGGAAACUCCAAAACCGCUAUUACGCCCUCUACGAAAAUAUUGAUCAAUGGUGAACCUCCACCCCUUGAAAUGCUUCCUUCACCGGCAUUGGACCUGGCAAAAGAGGCGAAUUCCCGCGACUCGACCUUGGAUAUUGUGUCCAACAGCAACACUCAGGAUGGAAGACUGGCGCCUAAGGCGGUAGCGCCUUCGCUGCACAGGACUGAAUCGAUGGAAAAGAUUCACGACGCAUCAUUUUUUGACCCCAAUAAUGAACAGGCAGCACACAUCCGAGACGAAAUAGCAAUGGCAACGCUGGACGAACUCCUGGACUACAUCCUCGAUCAGGGGGGCUCAGUGGGGAUCUUUGACGCGACCAAUAGUACGCUCGAAAGGCGAAAGCUCGUGAUGGAGAGAAUCAGAGAGCGGGCUGGUCCUGAACUUGGAGUGUUGUUUCUCGAAUCUCUUUGUGUCGACGAACAAUUGUUGGAGUCCAACAUGCGUCUGAAGCUGAGCGGUCCGGACUACCGAGACCAAGAUCCUCUUGUAGCAUUGGACGACUUCAAAAAGCGGGUGGCCUUGUACCAGUCAAAGUAUGUUCCCCUCGGGGAAUACGAAGAGAAAAACAACACGCCCUACGUUCAGAUGAUAGAUGUGGGACGGAAGGUAGUCUCUCAUCAGAUUCGAGGUUUUCUAUCAGCACAGACCGUUUAUUACCUUCUGAACUUCAAUCUUGCGCCCCGACAGAUUUGGAUCACCAGGCAUGGGGAGUCCGUCGACAACGUCAACGGCAGGAUCGGUGGAGAUUCUGACUUGAGUGAGAGGGGCAUUGCAUACGCAAAAGCCCUGACAAUGUUCAUCAAAGAUCAACGUCAAGCCUGGGAUGUACAUCAGCGCGACAAGGCCCUUUCAACUCACUUUCCGCCCUUGCCAGGCGAUACCACUCCUCCAAACCCGGAAUACAACCAUGGGGACCCUGACGACAGCGAAUCUCCUAAGAGCUUCUGCGUGUGGACGUCAAUGCUCAAACGGAGCAUCCAGACAGCCCAGUUCUUUGACGAAGACGAUUAUGACACGAAGCAAUUCAAGAUGCUUGACGAGCUCAACGCUGGGACCAUGGAAGGACUGACGUAUGAGGAGAUCCGUACCAAGCACAACGAAGAAUUUCGGCUUCGACAGAGGGAUAAAAUGCAUUAUCGAUACCCUGGUGCAGGCGGGGAAGGAUACCUCGAUAUUAUCAAUCGAUUGCGGGCUGUUAUCGUCGAGGUCGAGAGGAUGACGGAUCACGUUUUGCUUGUCGGGCAUCGGUCUGUCGCUCGAGUACUUUUGGCUUACUUCAAGGGUCUUAAGAGGGAGGACGUGGCGGAUCUCGAUGUCCCGCUGGGCAUGCUGUACAUGCUUGAGCCGAAGCCCUAUGGUGUUGAAUUCCGGGCCUAUCGUUACGACGAAUUGAGAGAUUGUUUCUUUGAAGUACACGAUCAUCAACUACAGAGGGCGACCUCUCAUCUCUCGAAUUGA